AAAAACGACGCUAAGAUGCGCACUACCCAUCCAAUUAGAGGGAAAUCGAUUCCAAGUCAAACCGGUGGCAAAUCACGCUUUAUGAUGGAAUCUUAUUACCAAAAUUUCAUGAAAUUAAGUCAGAAUGAAGAAUUUAUCGAAUCUUCUGAUUUCUCUGAUUCAAAUGAAUCAAAUUAUGCAUCUGAUUUUUAUGAUUCAAAUGAAUCAAAUCAAACUUCCGACUUUCAUAAAUCAGAUGAAUCAAAUGAAAUUUUUGAUUCAGAUGAUUCAAACGAAACUUUAGAUUUUCAUGAUUCUGGCACGGUAGUAACUGAUAUUUCGGAUGAUGAAUCGGAAGAAACGUUCAAUCACUUGGGAGGAAAGAAAAUUUUGAAAGAUUUUUUGAAUACAAGAAAAGAUGAUAAGAGACCGUUUAACGAAACAAACGAUUGGGAAUUGCCAUUGUUGGGAUCUAGUCCUAUUUAUGAAUAUGCACAAAAUGCACACAUCCAAUUUUAUGAAAUUUCCACGCCGUCGACUGAUGUUGAGUCAUACUUCAAUCUUAAAUCCGAUUUUAUUUUGAACGACAAUAAAAUUGUAAAAGCAAGAACCAAGAAAGUUAUUUUAGAUGAUUCAAGUGAUCUAUCCACUGAAGAUGAAGAAGAAACCACCGUAAUGUCAAGUGACG